AUGCUAUCUUCUAUUGCGUUUAAUAUACACCAAUUUAUGUGUAUUUAUCUGCCAUAUAAUAUAAAUAAAGCCUAUAGCCAAUCGGGCAUGAAAUUAUGCAAACAUCCAUAUCACCGCGAUCAUAUAUUCGCACCAUCCAAUCCAGAUGUGUCUUAUAAUCUAGAAAACAAUAAUCCAGAUCCAGAUAUAUAUGCACACAUUGCUAUUAAUAGUAUCGAGCGAAAUGUGUGCAGUACUGUUGAUAGUACAACAAUAGCUGUUACAGAGGAUCCAUCUCUCCCACCAUUCAGCUUGCUUUUAAUGCACGAAGAGGAUUAUAGAAGUUUGUUUAAACCCGAGAAUUAUGUUUCUUCAUCCCAAAAUGUGAUGACUGGGUAUAAUAAGAUAGAGAAAAUAUUCCAUGACGCAAAAGAAAUGAGCAAUUUUCAUAACCUAGAUAUAGAUGUUAUAAGCCAUGAAAUUUAUUAUGAUGAGGAGUAUAAUGUUAAGAGGUUUAGAGCAUUUGGGUUUAUAAUUAUUGCUCCUAUUGAUAUACGGUUGACAAAUAUGAUUCUAACCGAGCAGACUGGAUUUAUCAAAAAUCAAUCAAAUCCAGUACUCGAGUAUACAGAUGGCAGUUUUAAUAAUAAACAUAUGGCCAUAAAACUUAAACAAGAACUUUCUGAUUUGUCACAUGUUUCAAAACAAUUAAAAACUGCCAUAGAUAAAAUUUCUCGUGUUUUUGAUGAAUCAAUAGAAUGCAGUGACUAUAGUAAUGAUUUAAAACACGGAUUUAAUCUCUUGAAGAUGAUAAAUUCAAUUAGAGUGAAUAGGAUUUUUGAUUCAUUCUAUAUGCAAAGUCUAAUGAGGUUCUCAAAUUAUUCUAUUAUGUCAAUGGAUUACUACAAAAGGACUAGAAAUGCUUAUCUGAAUAAAACAAACAAAGAAAUGACCGGCAGCGAAAGGGCAUUGGAUGAAUUUCAAAUUUCAUUAAAAUACCCAGCGUCUUUCCAUAUGUCUGUUGAAGACGUUAAAUAUAAAAAGACUAUUAUCUACUCCGCGUGCACGCAGAUUCUUAAUUUUAUUCUACAAUGCAGUGAUCAAAUAGAGUUCUUGAAUCUAGAGACAAAUGAUAAAGACCACAUAUCAAGCAACCUCUUCCACGCAUACAAACAUGCAUUAAAAACUCUUGAUAACCUAAAAUAUAUUGGUUCAUAUGAAUUUAACAAUGAGCCACUAAUUGAAGUGGAAAGAUCCUUCUCGGCAUGUGUAAAAGGGUAUUUAGAUGCAGAAAAAUUAUUGUCUUCUUCUAUUGAAAACCUUCAGUCUGUGAUUAAAACCGAAUUGUUUAUGUAUAAGUUAAUCGAUCAAGAUUAUAAAAGUGUUGAAGCUAUUAAAAUGGUUGAAAGCAGUGAAAGCGGCGAAAGCGGCGAAAGUCACAAAAGCAGCGAAAUUGGCGAAAUCGAUUAUGAAGGUCUAAUUGAUGAAAGUGAAGAAUUAUUUGAGUUGAUUAAAUUAGAUAAAGAAAGCCUUGCUGAUAAGAAAAAAGUAGAUCUGGUUAAGAAUGUUAUUUCUUUGUUAGAGUCAGAAUUUAACAUGUCUUAUAAAAAAGAAGACUCCGUAGGCAUUAUAUUAAAUGAAAUUGCAGGAUCUAUAUGGGAAUUUAUACCUCCCACUCCAAUUACAUACUUUACAUAUAUCAAAAAAGUAUCAGAAAACAAUAAAAUGAUUGAUGAAGUAAUAGCAGAGUAUGAAGAAAAAUUAGGUUCUAUCGAUAUCUAA